AUGGGCUGCAUCUCAAAAUGGAAAGCUUUUGGAGACUGUUGCUGUAAACAACUUAGGCAAGUGGAAAACCGCCACGCAGAUGACAGCACUACCAUACUUCUUGCAAGCCGAGAUAGCAGUGUUGGAUGGCUCGUAGCUUGGGGUGCUGGCUUGCUUUAUGUAUCAGCAGGGCUAUCGGUUUGGUCUUUAGUCGUCUAUAUGAGGAAGAUAUCGAAAGUACUACUGAAGUAG